UCCAUCGUAUGAUUCGACAGUGUUGGGCAAGUCCUUGAAUCUCGUGUCUAUAGUUAAGCCGUGGUUUGCCUUAUGGUUAAGCCGUCCUAUCGGCUUUCUUUUCCUCCAAGAUAAAUAUGUAAACCCUAUCCUAUAUGCUUCGUUUUCAGUACACCUAAAAAGUGAGCUGUAUUUCACAGGUGACACUUCUUGACCAUUUUCGCGCCAAAGAUCUACUUUUUCUUGUUCAAGAAUACGCGGGAACUUCACUUCUUCGAUGCAUUCAAGAAUAUUUCUUCUCUGAAGAAAUGGCGAGGAAUUUCUUCGUUCAGAUUGUUAACGGGGUGAAGUAUUUGCAUGGAAAGGGAGUAGCGCAUAGAGAUCUCAAACUUGAGAACAUCAUACUGGGUGAAGAUGGCACAAUCAAACUCUGCGACUUCGGAUUGGCUUGUGAGUUCACUCCAGGUGGAAAUGAUGUGACGACAGGUAAAUGCGGAACAGUUCACUACGCUGCACCAGAACUCAAAUCAAGUCAUUCGUACGCAUAUAGAGCUCAACCUGCAGAUGUAUGGAGUUUAGGAGCAGUGUUGUAUGUUCUGUGUCAUCGUCGAAAACUGAAAAACAAACGAUCAAGUGAAUGUAUUCAACGGAAAUUGGAACUUUCAUCCAGACUCAGUGACGAUUGUUGCGACAUAAUCCGUCAAAUGCUACGGUGUCAUCCACUGGAACGAAUCACAGUGACCGAGAUUCUGAAUCAUUCAUGGAUGACAGUCAAUCCAGAUCAGUUACAAACUGACAGUGGUGUCGUCAGCGAAGAAGACAGUUCAGCGAACAUUCGUCGAAAAUCAGACAUCAAAUCGAGUAAACGUUUCUGGGCGUUGCCUUGUGCAAUUCAUGGAGAUUCUACCAGCAAUAAGACUGAUAUCGCCGGCGUGAAGUCACGAUACAAUGUCAGAGCAAUAUCAAGCAUCCAUUCUAUAAGGAAACUAAUAUCUGAACUCCCAAGGAUUGACUAUAAAAAUAUGCCACAAACUGUAGUUGGUUGCGCUCGCGAUCAGUCUCAAAAAAUUCAGCAUGACGAAAAAAUUCCAGAAAAAGUACAAACGCCCCGUAUCGACCAUCCCAAACCUCCCCCUGUAGAAAAGAAAGAUUUCAAAUUUAUUAGAACUAGACCUGCCAAAGCUGUAACGAAAGCGACCCAAGAUGUAGAAGCUAGAAAAGAGUCAUCUGCUGUUCUCAAACGGAUUAUUACAUCACAAAUGCAUUCUUCAAAGCAAGGAAGCAUUACUAAAAACACAUCGCUGGCGACAAAACUUACGAAAGAACACGGUGCAUUCGGACCAGUCUCCGACGUCAAACUAGAAAACCAUGGAAUUACUGAAAAACAAAGUAGUGCCGUCGCACAAUACAAUAAAAUCCCUUCGAAUGCCAGUGGUUUACUUCCAACACCUCCUCGCACAACGCAACGUAAAGUAGUAAAUGCAAGGCACAUGCGGCCAGGUUUGAAAAAUUUCCUCCAAAACGGUCUUGCGAAUGAUCAAAGGCCUUUGAAAUAUGCAUGGAAAGAUAUGCAAUGCAACGACAAUGCGAUGAACCCGAAGGAGAAGUUCACAGAAGCGGGAAAUAGUCAGAACUGGACUCGAGAGAUUUUGAAAAACAAUAUCAUUCUGUCUAAAACAGAAUUAGAAAAUCUGAAACGAUGCGCUUUAAAUAUGAAGAAGCAGACGACGAAAGUGUCUUUCGCGAGCAACAAAAGGAUUAUGACGCCACAAUUUGGAGAUCUUAAAGAAGAUGACACCCCAGCUGUUUCUGAGAAAGGACGAUAUCAUAAAAAGAUUUCAAAUGGCGAACCGAAGCUGUUGUUGAAAAGAAGAUUGUCGAAGAUUACCAAAGAGCAGGGGAAGAACUCGAGAAAUGAGGCAAAGUCUAGGAAACUAAGAAUGGCUCCAACGCUAUCAACGUCAUCUGAAAGUGUCUCAGUUUACAGCAGUCGAUUUAAAAGACCAAUCACCUCAGUUCACCAACGUUUUGGUUCCGGAUCAAGCAUCGCAUCUUCAAGUGGGAGCAACAUUCUAAUUAAAGCUGCGCCGGAGGUUGGCAAAAAUAUUUACGCUGACUACUCAACUGAUCCAGGCAACAGCAGAACUAUUGUUCAGAAGCCACGAAGAAUAUGAAUCAACAAACCCUGUUUUGCAGUUAAUAUUUUGAAUGUAUAUUAUUGAAGAAUUUUGUUGCACACUAACAUAAUGUUUUUUAAUAACGUAUCGUCUGCCAGGGUCACUUAAAAUCAGGGCCUGAUCAUGCCUUUUAGAAGCACUAAGUACUUAAGAUUUUGGUUCCCUAUGUGUAUAAAAUAAAAAUAAUAAAACUAUUUUCCAUGUUGCCAUGGUACUCACUACUAAUUG